CCAUAAUCCCAUCUUGCUGUCUACCACCAAAAAACAGCUCACUCCAGCCGCCCAAUUUGCCCAAAUUUUGUCCAUAAAUAACCAAAACUUCCACAAAUCACAUCCCAUAAUACCUUAACAAUAAUGCAUCCUCCCACUGCUCUUUUGCUCUCUCUUACUGUCCUCUUCUCUCUCUGCCAUGCAGUAACGGCAGCAUCGUGCCACCCGGACGAUGAAGCCGGCUUGCUCGGGUUCAAGUCGGGUAUAACUAGUGACCCGUCCGGGCUCCUUUCUUCUUGGGUACCCGGAUCCAAUUGUUGUCAAUGGUCAGGUGUACGAUGUGAGACGAAAAAUAGGGUCACGACUCUGGCCUUAUACGGGCAGGAAGAGUUUAAUCAAACCCUUAAAGGUACCAUCUCCCCAGCACUUGCCAAACUCAAGUACUUAGAUACCAUUUUACUCCAAUAUUUAAAAGGCUUAACCGGUCCUUUUCCAAAUUUCCUUUUCAACCUCCCAAGAAUCCAAACUGUUUUCAUUGUAGACAACAAGUUAUCCGGUAGAAUACCCAAUACCAUUGGAAAACUAACCCAAGUACUUUUAUUAAGUUUUGAGGGGAACCGGUUCACCGGUCCAAUACCGAGUUCAGUGGGCGAGUUGACUCAGUUGACUGAGCUUAACUUUGGUGGCAACCUCCUCACUGGCACCAUUCCGGACAGUAUCCGGCAACUCAAGAAACUCACAUAUUUGAGCCUGGAAAAGAACAGACUCUCCGGCAACUUGCCGGACUUCUUCGACUCUUUCCGGGAGCUCAUAAGGCUCAAACUUUCGUACAACAGAUUCUCCGGCAAAAUCCCAAGCAGCAUUUCGAGCCUGUCACCCCAGUUACAGUUUCUGGAGCUCGGGCACAACAAUUUAAGAGGGAAAAUCCCAGAUUUUCUUGGAACAUUCCAGGCAAUAUUAACCAUAGAUCUUUCCGGGAAUCAUUUCUCCGGCGUUGUGCCGCAAUCUUUCUUGAACUUGACAACCCUGUUUGACCUCGACCUUUCUCACAACUCCCUGGAGGACCCAUUCCCAGAAAUGAAAGUGGCACGCGCCCAGACACUGGACUUGUCUUACAACAACUUCCACCUAAAGGAUAUUCCCAGCUUCGUUACCUCGUCUCCGAAUAUGUUCACCUUAAGGCUUGUAAAAUGCGGGCUCAAGAUUAACCUUGAUGAUUGGAAGCCGCAGGAGUAUUUGUUCUACAAUUAUAUCGAUCUGUCGGAGAAUGAUAUAACAGGGAGUCCCGUGGGGUUGCUGAACAGGACGGAUUAUAUGCGGGGGUUUUAUGCAUCAGGGAAUAAGUUGAAGUUCGAUUUAGAGAAACUGAGGAUUAAUGUGGCGGAACUGAAGGAGUUGGACCUUUCUAGGAAUAUGGUGUUUGGGAAAGUUCCUGAGGACAUUGCCCAGCUUCAGAAGGUGAAUCUCAGCCAUAAUCGGCUGUGUGGUCAGCUCCCGCCGACGAAUUUCUCGGCCAGUGCGUUCGCCGGAAAUGCAUGCCUCUGUGGUGCUCCGUUGCCGCCAUGCAAAGCCGCUUGAGCGUUGGGAUUUUCUUGGCUAUGGAUCUUGAAAUUUUUGUUAAAUAAAAGGCUGUGUGUGCCACUUUUUUCUGUUUUGUUAUCUGUUACUUAACUGAACACAGUUCUUUUCUUACAGUGUACUAGGAAUGAAAUCAAUGAAACGUACUUGUUAAAUUUGCUUAUUAUGAACCAA